AUGGAUGUCGCAAGCCUCAUCUCGCCUUCUGAGUCGGAUACAGUUCCGUCCUUCAGGUCAAGAUCGAUUCAGAAUCACUCAGCCAGCCAUUACAAGCGCCUCUCCGAACAAUAUACGGGUUCUUACUUCUCUGCUGUACCGACACAUACGACAUCUUACUCUCGUACCCCUCAGCCGCCACUGUCCCCUCCAGCCGAGGACCAGCCCAAAUGCUCGCUUCCUUCCAUCUCGAUCCUGCUCGAGAACGCAGACGGUGCCGCCGCACACGCAGCAAAACGCCAAAGAACCGGUCUAUCAACGCACAGGGAUUCGGAUCCCCGGCCUCCAUACGACUCGAUUACACCACACGCCAUGCCACCAACGCCGCCACUGCGUCCUGGUUCGGGCUUCCACAGUAAUGGCCAUUCUCCCUCGGCAUCGUCUGUCUCUGCCGCCAGCACCAGUGCUGCGAUGAAGAGUACCGAAACAUAUCCUCAGGCGCCAAUUGGGCUUCCUAGUCCGACAGAUCGAUCCUCCAUCUCGAGCCAAGGGUCCGUUCAGCAUGCCGCCGGGGCUCCAUAUGCUUCGCCUGCUCCUAGCGUGUCAUCCUUCUCUUCUCCCAUCGAGCCCUCAACACCAUCGACUGCCGCUUACUACCAAAGAAACCCUGCGCCGAACACCUUCCAAAACGCAGGCUCCUUCCCUCCAACAUCCACGACAUCUCUUCCCUCGCCGGGUCAUCAGCAGAUGAUUUCUCCCGUCACCCCCGCCUGGCAACAUCACCACUACUUCCCCCUUCCAGCUCCACACCUUAUCAGCAGAACCAUGAUCGCUACAUUUGCCGGACAUGCCACAAGGCCUUCUCGCGGCCCUCCAGUCUGCGCAUCCACUCCCACAGCCACACUGGCGAGAAGCCUUUCCGCUGCACACAUGCCGGCUGCGGCAAGGCCUUUAGCGUACGGAGCAAUAUGA